GUAAGGACAUUAUUUUAAUUGAAAUUAUGAAGAAUUGUCUAUUGCGUGUUGAUCUUUGUCAGUUAUCUAGCCAAAAGUAGUUAGUCGCUUGUUGAUGACGCCAGACGUUUGACAUUGGACUGGAGCGUGAUAGAAGGCUGCCCAGGUACUUGGGUUAAUUAUGGCUCUUCCUCGGCUUUCAAGAUCCCUUCCCGGGCUCCUCGUUGAGUGUUCUUCCACAAUUUUCCCGAGAUCUUUCAGUGUAUCUGCUGUUGCUGCUGCCAUUCAAAAAAUGACAAGGGUGCGUGUAGUGGACAACAGCAGUCUUGGAACUACACCGUAUCACCGUCCACCAAGAGUGAUCCAUGUCUAUACAAAGAAUGGUGUCGGAAAAGUUGGCGACAGAGUCUUGCUUGCCAUCAAAGGACAAAAGAAGAAAGCUUUAAUCGUUGGACACAAAAUGCCAGGAGACCGCAUGACUCCUCGCUUUGACUCAAACAAUGUUGUUCUGAUUGAAGACAAUGGCAACCCAACAGGAACAAGGAUUAAGGUCCCUAUACCCACACAUCUCCGUAGAAUGGACGGCGAUUACUCUAAAGUACUGGCAAUUGCUAGUUCAUUUGUCUGAUUGUACCACUCAACAAUCAUGAGUUAUAUGAACAUUUUCCAUCUGCAUUGUUUUCAAUAAAUUCAAAACUCCAGCUUUGUUUUUAGAUAUAUGUACAGUAAUAAAGUCAAGUCUUUGCCACCA